AUGGAAGGCACUCACUGCACCCUCCAAUUGCGUAAGCCAAUUACCGAACUCUGCUACAUCAGCUUCUAUCUUCCGAGGGGGGAAGUCAGAGGAUUUUCAUACAAGGGCACCAUAACUCUAGACAGAUCCAGUAAAGGGUUUCAUAACUGCUACCAAGUCAGGGAGGGGUCCGACAUCAACAGCCUCAGCCGGCAGCCGAACGAACAUCCGGGGGACAUAUUUUUCAAGCCAACUCCCACGAAAGACAUUCUAACUGAGCUGUACAAACUCACGGCCGAGAGGGAGAGACUGCUGGCCAAUCUGCUGAGCUCAGACCACAUUCUGGGCAUUACGAUGGGGAACCAGGAGGGGAAGCUGCCGGAGCUCUCUGUGAGCCUGGCCUCCGAGGACGACUGUUUCCAGAGUGCUGGCCACUGGCUGGGGGAGCCCGCCGUGGGCUGUCUCAGUAAGAGGAGCUCCCACGGGAACAAAAAGGCCCGGAGGUUUGGUGGAAGGAGCGAGAGCUUUGAGGGGCUCUCUCAAAACUCCCUGCAGAAGAGGACAAGACGAAAGGGGCAUGGGGGCCAGGAAUUGGCUCCUCUGAUGGGGAAGGACCAGAUCUGUUCCAGCAACGCCCUUCCUCUUUCUCAAACAAGGCCUCAUCUUUGGCUCCUAGAGGAGAGAGGCAACUUGCUCCCGAAUGGGGCACUUACCUCUUCCCUACAGAGGAGAGGGAGCUGCACCCCAGAGAUCCCCAGGACACUGGAUGCUGACUCUGCCUUGGGGAGCUUCAAGAAGGCUUCUGAGGUUGCGGGGCAUGGAAGAGGCGGGCUGCCCCCUGAAUGCAGCUCCACAGAGCCAGGAGAUGAUGGUGCCAGGGGGCCAAAGAGGGGCCCUCGCAGGCUGAUGCAUCUGCAAACAGGUUCGACCGAAAGUCACAAGGAGCCCGAGAAACAUCCAGAGGCAGAGUGGGGCCGGACAGAGAAGGCUGCUGAACGGACUUGCAGGAAGAAGCCUAUUUCCAAAGUGGUGGCCAAAGUCCAGGAUCUGUCUGCUCAGGUGCAACGAGUAGUUAAAACGCAUCCUGAGGGUGAGGAAAGGGUUGCCGUUUGCCCAGCAGCGCAAGCUGAGUUCAUACCCAGCGCAGACUUGCUCACCCUCCCAGAAGCUGAGGCUGGGGCUUGGGGUGCCAGCUGCUGGGGCAAGGAGCAGCAAGGGGACAGGCCAUGGCAGCCAUCAGCUGAGGAGUGUCCCCUAGCCAGCACUGAGGGGGCUGUGAACAAGGUCCUCCUGAAGGUGAUAGAGAGCGAGAAAUUAGAUGAAGCCACCGAGGGGAAACGGCUGGGAUUUCCCUUCGGGACAACAGCCACCCAUACCCUCCCAGAAACCGGGAGCAAGAGGGGAGCUGGGUUGCUUCUGAGUGGCCACAAAACCUUGUUUCUGGAUCUGCCCCGCGGUGUGGACCCUGGAGGUAAUGAGAAGACGCCACCACCCCCAGCACUGGCAGCUCUCGGAACGGUAUUUAAUAAUUCAUCCUUUCCGUCCAGCACGCACAAAUGGAUGUCACCUGUUCCCUUGCCUCUCUCUCCAAGGCUCCCCAGCCCUCAGCAGCAUCACAGGAUACUCCGGCCCCCUUCACUGCCUGCUGAGAGGGAAGCCGCUCUUGAUGACUCUCUUGGCAGAAAGAGCCGUGCUUUCUCUGGGUCACCCUCUGCUGACACCUUGGAGCCACCACUCUCUGCAAAGGUCACGGAGACCGAAGGAGCCCACUUGACCUCCCUCAGAGCGGGCCAACCUCGGUUGGUGCCUGGGGAACCUUUGGAAAAGAGCUUGGGGCCUGGGAGGACCGCAGCUCAGCCCCAGCACCGGUCACCUCCAGGCAUCCCUUCUGAGGGCUUCCCCCGGGACUGCUUCAGUGAGCAGACAGCAGCUAAAGACCUUCCCAGCAGGGAUGGAGGUGCGUGGGUCCUGGCCUACAGAGCAGGACCAGUCGGUCCAUUUCUGCUCCAUGAAGAAAGAGAGAAGCCCAACAGAAGCAAACUGUACUUGGAUCUCCAUCCUGACCACAGCCCCACUGAACAGGACGAUAGGACUCCUGGCAGACUCCAAGCUGUCUGGCCACCCCCAAAGACAAAAGACACAGAAGAAAAAGUGGGAUUGAAGUACACUGAAGCAGAAUACCAAGCUGCUAUUUUACACUUGAAGAGGGAGCACAAAGAAGAAAUUGAAAACCUGCAGGCUCAGUUCGAACUUCAAGCCUUUCAUAUCCGGGGUGAGCAUGCGGUGAUAACAGCGAGACUAGAAGAAACCAUUGAAAAUCUCAAAUACGAGAUAGAACACCGAUGGCGAGGAGGAUGUGAAGAGAUGAGGGAUGUGUGUGUCUCCACUGACGAUGACUGCCCUCCAAAGACUUUCAGAAAUGUGUGCAUCCAGACAGACAGAGAGACUUUCCUCAAACCCUGCGAAGGUGAAGACAGGACAACCAGAAGUAACCAAAUAAUACCCAAAAAGCUGAAUAUCUCCUCUUUAAGCCAACUCUCUCCCCCAAUUGACAGCAAAGACACCAGUGUACCACUUCAAUCUGCGGAAAGUAUCUCAUCGAGUCAGCAGAAGGCAACACCUCCCCCUCCCCCUCCCCCUCCCGCACCACCCCUACCAGCAGCCAUCCCUCCCCCUCCUCCCCUCCCACCCGCACUUGGACCACCACUGGCACCUCCGCCACCACCUGUGAAUACUGGACCUCACCCCCCUCCACCACCUCCUCUGCCUCCAAGUGCUGGACCUCCUCCCCCUCCCCCACCCCCCCCACUUCCUCACUCCACUGCUCUGCCCAACAGUGGGGGGCCUCCUCCUCCUCCGCCACCCCCAGGAUCUGCGCCUCCACCUCCUCCUGGACUCUUCUUCGGAGUCAACGCUUCUGCUAGCCAGUGUCCUCGGAAGCCAGCCGUCGAACCCAGUUGUCCCAUGAAGCCUCUGUACUGGACUAGGAUACAAAUAAGUGAUAAGAGCCAAAAUUCUACACCAACCUUAUGGGAUUCCUUAGAAGAACCUGAUAUUCGGGAUACUAGCGAAUUUGAGUAUUUAUUCUCCAAAGACACACCUCAGCAGAAGAAGAAACCUCUGUCAGAGUCCUAUGAGAAAAAAAACAAGAUCAAAAAGAUCAUCAAGUUAUUGGAUGGAAAACGAUCUCAAACUGUGGGAAUCUUGAUAUCUAGUUUGCAUUUAGAAAUGAAGGAUAUCCAGCAGGCCAUUUUUAACGUGGAUGAUUCUGUGGUUGAUCUGGAAACCCUGGCGGCCUUAUAUGAAAACAGAGCCCAAGAGGAUGAACUCGUUAAAAUAAGAAAGUAUUAUGAGACAUCCAAAGAGGAAGAAUUGAAGCUACUGGAUAAACCUGAGCAAUUUUUACACGAGUUAGCCCAGAUCCCUAAUUUUGCUGAACGUGCCCAGUGUAUAAUCUUCAGAUCUGUCUUUUCUGAGGGCAUUACUGCUGUGCGCCGAAAGGUAGAGAUCAUCACACGAGCUUCUAAGGGCUUGCUGCAAAUGAAGAGUGUGAAGGAUAUUUUGGCUCUCAUUCUGGCUUUUGGAAACUAUAUGAAUGGAGGAAAUAGGACUCGGGGACAAGCAGAUGGAUAUAGCUUAGAAAUUCUGCCCAAACUCAAGGACGUCAAAAGUCGGGAUAAUGGGAUUAAUCUGGUGGACUACGUUGUGAAAUAUUACCUGCGUUACUAUGAUCAGGAAGCAGGAACAGAAAAGAGUGUUUUCCCCCUGCCCGAACCACAAGAUUUCUUUCUGGCCUCCCAAGUCAAAUUUGAAGACCUUAUAAAAGAUUUGAGAAAACUGAAGAGGCAACUAGAAGCAAGUGAGAAACAGAUGGCAGUGGUGUGUAAGGAGUCACCAAAGGAGUAUCUGCAGCCGUUCAAGGACAGACUCGAAGAGUUCUUCCAGAAAGCCAAAAAAGAGCAUACAAUGGAAGAAAGUCACUUGGAGAAUGCACAGAAAAGUUUUGAAACAACAGUAGGAUAUUUUGGGAUGAAGCCAAAGUCUGGUGAGAAGGAGAUCACACCCAACUACGUGUUUAUGGUGUGGUAUGAGUUCUGCAGUGACUUCAAGACAAUUUGGAAACGGGAGAGUAAAAACAUAUCUAAAGAAAGAUUGAAAAUGGCUCAGGAAUCAGUCAGCAAGUUAACAGCAGAGAAGAAAGUGGAGACAAAGAAAAUUAACCCCACGGCUAGUCUGAAAGAAAGACUGCGUCAGAAGGAAGCCAGUGUGAGCACCAACUAACACAGAGACACAGGAAAACAAUGACGGUGAGACGUAGUACUCUGCAUGAUCCUUUGUAACACCAGCGUUGCAAGAAGUUCUCGAAAGAUAUGUCACUAAAUGUUUAUUUUGCUCAUCUCUUUCUGAGCACCCCGUGCCUUCUUAAAGAAGUCCCUUGUUAAGCCAUAGGAACAAUGAAAAACUGCUGAAGAAGUAUUUGAUAACUGCUUCUUCUAGAGGUCCAAAGUUUGCUCUCUUAUGAGACCAGAAG